GCUUCUUUGGUCCACAUUUAUGGCUAAAUAAACUAUUCAAUACAUUGAAGCCUACGCAAAACAUAGACAAAGAGAUAGAGUAAAGAAGCCAAAGCCGCAAAGCCAGAGUUUUCUACUAUCCCAAACUCCGAAGUUUUCUCUGCUCUUUAUAAUUUCCCCCUUUUUUUAUUUUCUUUCUUUCAUAUGCAAUCCAUUCAUUUUCUUCAAUUCUAAGUACCCUUUUCAUCUAUCAUCAAUCUUUUGUUUCUUUUUUGUGAUAAAAAUCAUAUCUUGGUAUUCAAAGUUUUCAUUUUUUUCCCCUUUUGAUAUACCAAAAAAAGAUUUUUUUUUUCUGUGUUUUGUAAAGAUCUGGUGGGUGGUGGAUAGAUGGGGAGGUUAUUUGUGGUGAAUCUUGAAGGGAAGAUCUAUAGUUGCAAGCACUGCAAAACCCAUCUUGCUGUUGUUGAGGAUAUUGUUUCCAAGUCCUUCCACUGCAGGCAUGGGAGAGCAUAUCUCUUCAGUAAGGUAGUGAAUGUUUCUGCUGGGAAGAAUGAAGAUAGAAUGAUGACAACGGGGUUGCACACUGUGGCUGACAUCUUCUGUGUUGGGUGUGGAUCAAUUGUUGGGUGGAAAUAUGAAACUGCCCAUGAGAAGAACCAGAAAUACAAGGAAGGAAAAUCUGUCCUUGAACGGUUUAAGGUGUCUGGUCCUGAUGGAAGCAAUUACUGGCUCAGCCAUGGCAUGCAUGUCGGUGGGAGUGAUGCAGAUGAUGUUUGAUUAACAAUGAAUUCUGGUGCAGUUCUGAUUGUUGUACAUUCUUUAACCCUUUAUUCUCAUUCAGCUCAUGUGAAUCCCUAAAACUGGGCAUUCGUUAAUUCAAGCAACAUGCCCAACACGCUGUGAAUAACAUGAUUGGAAACAUUGAAAUGUUGAUUCUGAUUUAGCCAAUGUUCAAACCUGACUGAAUAUUGUGUUGCAAGUUGCAAAUUGAAGUUUCAGAUGUUGAUAUUGAUGAACUCAUAGUAGGAUUUCUAUCUCUACUCAGAAUGCUAUCAUUUGCAUUGUUUUUAAUGCAAUCAUUUGCAAAUGAAGUGGAAGUUCAACUCACUUCUUCUUUUUGGUUCAUAAUCCAUUGAAGUCAUUGAUCAGUUUUUCCAACUCAGGUGUUAAAAAUCUGUAAUCUAAAAUGAACAUAUUGAUAGGAGAUUGUUGAUUGUUGAUCAAGAACUCCAUUUCCCAUUCAAAUUAAUACUGAAAAUAGAA